AGCAACUGUUACAAUUUUGACUGAUAGCGCUGGAGUAAAUUCCAUUCGGCGGUCAGUAAACCUCCAUAAAUCAAUUUUCAUUGAGAAAAACACAGGGUGUUUUACGGCCUUGCUUUAUUCUAUUAAAGAGCCUGUCACUGACAUCAUAAGUAUGGUGUCCACCAGCAUAGCGUGCAUCAUCGGCUGCGGGGCUGAAGUGUCCCUGUCUGACAAAAUGGCGGCUGCAUUGGCGGCCGAGCCCUCUUUGAAAGACCAUCUCAUGCUCAUCUGUGACAAGUGUGUGAAGAGCGGAAAGAAAGAUGCGCUGAUGAGUUCGGUCGCCGAAAUUAACGACCAUGAAGCGCCUGAAGCUUCCAAGGAAGCCAGUGCUUUCUACCGUGAGUACGAGUACCUCUGGACCAUAGAGCAGUUCUCCAACAUCCGGCACCUACCCAAAGGCCUCGGAUUCCUGGCCCCCUUCUUCCGAACCAUGUCAGGCGUGGAGGGUGCGCCGGAUGCUGAGUGGAGUUGGGGAGUCCUGCCGUGUAAUAUAAACGUCUCUGCUUCUGACAAGCACCUCGCUUUGUUCAUCCGACUGAGAAACUUCGACCAAUUCCGAUCAAAUGGCCUCAAGAUAGUGGCCAAUGUGGAGUUCAAAGUGUACGACAGGGAGAUGAAUGUUCUGAAGGUGCACAGGAAGCAUGCAGACAAAGACAUCUCUGAUUGGGUGACGAGGGACGGGGUCAAUGCUUACAGCUUCCUCCCCCACGAGCUGCUGGACGAAACACUUGCAAAGGAGUCGUCUCAAGAUAUUGUGGUUUUUGGGGCUAAACUGAGAGUGAGAAUUGAUCACGAGGUGUCUGAACUGCAGAGAGACAAGAAGUUGAUCGAGUACAGCACACAUGCUUCAGUGGACAAGUUCUGCUUCCAGUACAGAAUAGAAAACUACUUGGAGCACCCUCAGUCGUCCAAGUACGAGGUGGCGGCCCAGUUCCCGCAACAGCUGCCGAGUGGCAAAGUGGCGCUUUGGGAGGCCACGUACAGGAGGAGUCCCGCGGGGGAUCUGGGGGCCAAGUUGAAACUCGUGAAUGGAGACCAGUUUGGAAACUGUGAACUGGUAACCGGGACCCACUUCAUGGUGCUGAGUUGUGGUGGGGGAGCGGAGGGAGGGGAAGGGGGGACCAUCGGGGUGGCCUCCCAACAGGGCCAAAGGAUGCGGGACGACUGGAAUCUGAGCACGGUUGAAGACGGGUGGGGCAGAAGCAAGUUAAUGAGUGAUGAGCAGAUCAUCAAAAACAAAAAUGAAGUUCUGGACUCGACCGGAGCUCUGGUGCUGAACUUCACGAUUUUUCUGAGCACUUCAACUCAUGAUAGGAAAGAGGGCUCGAAGGAGUUAGGGAAGGCAUCUCUGGAUGGGGGAAAGAGUGUGGGGGCGGAAGGAAAUGGGGGUGCAAAACAGAUCAUGCUCAGUUACAAUUGGGGAACAAAGCAGACUGUGCACAAGAUCAAAGACCGGUUGGAGUCUUGGGGGUACAAAACCUGGAUUGACGACAACCAGAUGGGGGACAAUGUGAUGUUGUCGAUGGCCGAGGGGGUGUUUAAUUCGGACGCAGUGCUCAUAUGUCUCACCGACAACUACCAGAACUCAUUCAACUGUCAGCGAGAAGCGAGCAUGACUUUCGACGAACGGAAGCCGAUGAUACCUCUGAAACUAGAGGGGGAUGUUGAAUGGAAACCUUGGGUGAAAUUACUCAUUUCUGGAAAGAGAUAUAUCGAAAUGGAAAGAUCGCCGUCCUUUGAUGAUUUCAUGCAAGAGUUGAAAACUUAUCUGGAACGAAUGGAGGAGCUGAAAAAGUAAAACUGGAAACCUGGACCGAAAAUUAAAACUAUUUUAUAUAUCGCAAAGCUGAUUAACUAAAAAGUGUUUAUGGCCAUCAAAACAGUCGUAUAAAAAUGGCCGUAUGCUUUCAAGGUGCUCAAUACAUAAAAUCAGAAUGGAGGUCAUUUUUUAGAAGCAGCAGACCAUUCAAAAAUUUAAUCAAAAACUAAAUCAAAUGUUUCAUCAAUGACAGAUUAAAAGUAUGUUAUGUAGAUUUAAAUAGACAACAAGAAUUGGCUCAAAUAAACCAUUUCUGGAGAA